AUGGCGCGCACAAAACAAUCUGCAAGAAAGAAUGCAUAUCCUUGCUCGCCAUCCUCAUCAUCCCCCUCAUCUGAAUCAAUUCAACGCUCACCCUCUCCACCACCACGACCAACUCCACCACACGUUUCCUCUGAUACCUCGUUUUCCAACUACCUCUCAUCGUCCCUAGAAAAUAACCCUAAUAUCCCUAUCAAUCCCAAUCCUUUAUCCACUGUUCUUCCACCACUCUACACAUGUCCUCCUCCUAAUCUCGCUCAAGUCCCCCCUCAUUUGAGAAAACCUACGAUACCAAAAAGACACUCCAUGAGAAUACAAUCUGGCAUUGGAACCUCAAAGGCCUCUAGCGAAAAACCAUUUUACCUCAUCAUCUCCGAUUUCGAGACUAAUGACUCAUCUGAUACUCCUCUUCACACAACAGCUAUAGAGAAAGCACAAAACAAACCCAUCACUCCUUCAAAAUCUUCCUUCUCUUCUGAACCUUCUCAAUCAACUCCUCCAAAUCAAAAAAGGAGAUUGAUCAAUGAAAUCAUCUCCUCUCUUUGA